AUGGAUAAAGUACAACGGUUUUUUAAUCCCACUGAAGAUGAACCAAAAGAACAAAAUUCUAUGAUGUCUGAGAUAUCUGGCUUGUCAUGGGAUACACGAAUAAAAGGUUUUGGUAUCUGUUUGCUUAUUGCUGUGUUACUUGGUGUUGGUGCGGUGAUUAUAUAUUUUCUUGGUGGUAAUCUUUCUGGCUUUGCUGUUCUGUAUACCUUUGCGGUUAUUUUUGGUGUUGGAUCUACAAUAUUCUUGAUGGGUCCACUGAAUCAAUUAAAGAAAAUGUUUGAUGCUACUCGUUGGAUUGCCACUCUUGUUUUUCUUGCAUCUAUUAUAAUGACACUUGUGUCUGCUCUUGCAAUAAAAAGCGGUGUUCUUGUUCUUAUAUUUAUUAUUGUUCAAUUUCUUGCUCUUGCCUGGUAUACCAUUAGUUACAUUCCAUUUGCACGAAAUGCUAUCAAAAGUUGUUGUGGAGGCAUUAUUGGUAAACGAUUACGAUCUAUAACUGCAUUAGGUCUUCGGAAUUUAACAGUGAAGGAAUUUAAUUUUACAGUUCACUUUACAUUACAUCGAAAUGAAAAAACCGUUGCUUUUUAUACAAGUGAAUCAGUAGAAAAUCAACGUAGUCCAGAAUGGUCUUAUUUAAAAUUGCCAACAAGUAUCCAAUGUUUACAAGAUUUUGUAAUGCGUAUAUGGAUAACAUCAUCGGAGAAUUGUCGUUUAUUUCUUGAAUAUGAUGUUCAUCUUGAUGAUUCACUUAUCCCUGAUGAACAGAAAGAUGAUUCACAAAGAAGUAAUAAUAGUCUUUGGCUUGAAAUGUUUGGUUAUCAAUUUACUCAUAAUGAAUCACUAUUAGAUAAUCAAACAGAUGUUCAAUUAAACGAGACUGGAUCAACCAUUAUUGAUAAAAAAUCUAAGCGUAUUAAUUUAGUAAAGUCAUAUAAUAAAUUGAGUAUUUUAAGAAUGAUUAAUGUGAUUGAUGCUAUACGUGCUGAAAAUCGAUCAUCAGCACAAUGUCUUGAACGUUUACAAACAUUCGUUGAUGCACAUGAAGAUUAUUUAUCGAAAAUUAAAGAACGCGAAUCCCGUCAUUUACGUGUUGAAAAUUUAAGACAAUAUUUACAAUCUCAAACAUUGCUCUAUGAACAGCGUUUCAAUGCUAAUCAACAAAAACAAAAAAUAAUACAAGAACGAAAAAAUCAAUUGGAACAGAAUUUAUUACAAUUGCUUCGUAAACAAGAAGAACUUAAUUCAUAUAUAAAUCAUUUGAAUCAAUCAAAAUGUCUUCUACAUGAUUUGAUACAAUUGAUUACUUAUCGACAAAAAGAUAUUAUUAAUGAAAUAUAUCGUUAUGUUUAUCCAAUUGUUAAUGAUAAGAAUGAUGAAUAUUCCAUAGGAAAUAUUAAAUUACCACAUGCUGAAGAUAAAAUUUAUCAAACAUCAUUCACUCGUGAACGUGAAAAUGAAAUUGAAGCAGCUGUAGGAUAUUGUGCACAUUUUGUUUUUAUUAUUUCACAAUUCAUUCAAUUACCACUUCGAUUUCCGAUUGAAUUUUAUGGUACAUCACCGAUUAAAAUCUACGAUAAUGCAUUACAAUCCAGCGAUUUUCCAUUGUAUCCAAGUUAUGAUACUAAUUCUUUCCAGUAUGGUCUUUUUUUGCUGAAUCGAGAUAUUGGUCAAAUAAUGUAUCAUUGUCAUGUAGGUGGUCGUCAUACAGAUUAUCGAAAAACAUUAAAAAAUUUAAAAGAAUUAUUGGAACAAUAUUUCAUCAAUACUAAUAAUUAUAAUCAAAUUCAACUUUACGCUUCAAAUCAACAAUUAAUCGAAACGAUUACCCCAUCUAAUAGUUAUGCUACGGAGCGACGUUUGACACCAAAUAAACAGAAUUCAAUUGAUAAUUCUUUAUUUUCUUUAUCGCUUUCAACAGCAUCAUCAUCUCUUAUUGAUUUAGAUCAAAAUGAUGAUGUUAGUAAUAAUGUAGAUUUAUUUCCAACAUUAAAUAUAAUAUCACCUCGAUUAACCAUGCAAUUUUCACAUCAACAAUAA